GGCGCGGGCCGGCAGCAGCAUGGGGUCACGGAGGGCCCCCGGCCGCGGCUGGGGCUCGGGCGGACGGUCCGGGGCGGGGGGCGACGGCGAGGACGACGGGCCCAUGUGGAUCCCCAGCCCCGCCAGCCGCAGCUACCUGCUCAGCGUGCGGCCCGAGACGAGCUUAUCAAGCAACUGGUUGUCUCACCCCAGCUCUGGAAGGAGCACCUUCUGCUCCGUCAUUGCUCAGCUAACAGAGGAGACCCAGCCGCUAUUUGAGACCACGCUCAAGUCCCGGGCUGUGUCCGAGGACAGCGACGUUAGAUUCACCUGCAUCGUCACAGGAUACCCAGAGCCAGAGGUGACCUGGUACAAGGAUGACACAGAGCUGGACCGCUACUGUGGCUUGCCAAAAUACGAGAUCACUCAUCAGGGCAACCGCCACACACUGCAGCUCUACAGGUGUCGAGAAGAAGAUGCCGCCAUCUACCAGGCCUCUGCCCAGAAUGCCAAGGGAAUUGUGUCCUGCUCGGGGGUCUUGGAGGUGGGCACCAUGACCGAAUACAAGAUCCACCAGCGCUGGUUCGCCAAGCUGAAGCGCAAGGCUGCGGCAAAGAUGCGUGAGAUCGAGAAGAACUGGAAGCACGGGAAGGAGGCCGUGGAAGAGGCCGACACCCUGCGCAAGCUCAGCCCCGACCGCUUCCAGCGGAAGCGGCGGCUGAGUGGGGCCGAGGUGCCAGUCCCCUCGUCCCCCACCCGGGAGGUCGAGAACGGGACACCGGUGGCUUGGCAGGAGGGAGAGACGGAGCCUGGUCAGCACCCAGGUUUGGGCCUGAUCAACAGUUUUGCUUCCGGAGAGGUGACCACCAACGGCGAGGCUGCCCCUGAGAACGGGGAAGCUGGGGAGCAUGGCCUGUUGACAUACAUCUGUAAAGCCAUGGAGCUGGGGCCUCAAAGAGCCCCCAAAAAGGAGUCUGGGGCCAAGAAGAAAAAGAAAGAUGAGGAACCUAAGCAAGGUGUGCAGAAGCCAGAGGUAGAGAGGGCAGCUCGAAGCCACCGUUCCUCUGAAAACUGUGUCCCCAGUUCAGACAAGCCUGACUCCUGUGGGACACAGGGGCCCAUGGACAUGGAGCAGGUUCAGACCCAGCCGAGGGGCAGGGCCGCACAGGGGCCUGGAUCCUCCGGAGCAGAUGGCACCAGGAAGCCAGCCUCUGCUGUGGGUACUCAAGACCAGGCCCAGAAUGCCCCUGUCCCAGGCCCAGACCAGGAAGUGUAUUUCUCCCUGAAGGACAUGUAUCUGGAGAGUACCCAGGCAGACAAGCCUCAGGGGGAGGAGGAGGCCCAGACCCCCCGGGGCAGUACACCUGGAGAGCUGCCCUCAGGGAAGGUAUCCAGCAAAGCCAGAGGUGAGAGGGAACCUGCUGUCCCUGGCCAGCCCACGCCCUCAGCCCCCCAGCAGACUAGGCCCUUCAACAGGAAGAGAUUUGCUCCUCUGAAGUCCAAAGGGGAGCCCACCACCAGCUGCAAGCCUGAUUCUUCCCCAAGUCAAGAUCCAGAACCUGGGGCUCAGAGCUCAGGGAAGGCCCCGCCUCAGGCCUCUGCCCAAGUGCCCACACCCCCCGCCCGGCGGAGACAGAGCACCCAGGACAGCCCCUUGCAGGGGCAAGCAGGCCACAGGACUCCAGGAAAGGUCCAGGAGUCCCAGGCAACCAUGGCUCCUACCACAUUGGCCAGCAGCAGCUCUGAUAUGGUCUCCGCUGGUUGCAGCACCUCCAGAAGUCAGGACAUCAUUGAGCCCAUGGACACAGAAACCCAGGAGGAUGGGAGAGCAUCUGCUGAUCAGAACACUGGAGGCAAGAAGAAUACAGAGAUGGAUAGGAAGAUGCAGGUGGAUGGGAGGAUGCAGGGAGAUGGAACACAAACCACCCAGAGGACACAGGCAGAUAGGAAGACACAGGUGGAUGUUGUGACACAAGAAAGUGAGAGGUCAGAGUCAGGCAGGAAUUCCCAGGAGGAUGUGAUGGCACAAGGAAAGGUGGGGACCCAGGCAGAUAAGAGGACACAGGCAGACAGAAGGGUGCAGGAAGGCAAGGGGACAUGGUCAGAGGGGAGCAUUCCCACAGCUGUGAAAUGUUGGUCAGAGAAGGCGUCCAUGACCGGUAUCAGCCCACAGUCCAGGGCCCCCAAACGCCCACCUUCAGAGGAUCCUAGGUCCCCUCAGAUUACUGAAUGCUUUGAACAGACCCCAGAAGAGUUCUCCGUCCCAGACAAACCUGAGUUUAUGCUCAGAUCUGACGAGGCAGCAGGAACGGCCUCCGGAAGCCGUGAGGAAACUGUGCCAGGUCCCCUGGCGGGGGGCCUCACACGCGGGGCACAGCUGCCUCCUGAGGGCAGUUUGGAGCAGGUGGGAGGAGAGAGAGAUCAAGGGCCGGAGCAGUCGGGUCCAGUUAAGGAGAAGGCCAACGAGGGCCUGUCCCAGGGCCCCAAGCAGGAACAGCCGGGAGAAGUGCUGCCUGUGGAUCUGGGUGGCUGUCCUUCAGCGGGCCUGAGCCGCCAGGUGCCCACUCUGCCCUCUCUUCCUGGGGCCGGCCUGACGGAUAACUCACAGCAGCGGCUGCCCAGCACCCCGGCUUCUCAGCACAUGAGCACAGCUGCCUUCCUACCCUCUGGGGACAAGGCCUCGCUGAGUUCUGCCCCCGCACUGCACCUGGGGCUGGGCGCCCCCAGCCAGAGUCACCCGCCAGGAACUAGGGCAGCAGACGCUGAGGGGGCCUGCGCCAAGGUGCCCGGUGUGGAAGGGAGGACUUCAGGCCCCCAGACCUGUGACCCUGGCCUUAUAGACUCCCUGAAGAGCUACUUGCUCCUGCUGCUGAAGCUAUCCAGCUCAGAGACGAGUGGCAGGGGCCCAGGGGCCCAGGAGGAAGCUGCCGCUGGGGAUCAGGCACCCUCACCCUCUCUGGCCCCCACCGUGGAAGUGGCCGGUCUGAGUCCCCGGACGUCACGGCGCAUCCUGGAGCGUGUGGAGAACAACCGUCUGGUGCAGAGCGCGCAGACUCUGCUGCUGAGCCCCUGUACCUCCCGCCGCCUCACUGGCCUCCUGGACCGCGAGGUGCAGGUUGGCUGUCAGGCCCUGGCUGCUGCCCGGUGCCCUGGCCCCAGCCCCCUCUCUGUCCCUGCCAUCGUGGUAGGUGAGGAGGAAGGCCCUGGGGUGGCCUCAGGAGGAUCCAGUGAAGGUGAGGGAGAGGUUUCCCUUGAGGGGCCUGGCCUCCUGCCGACCUCCCAGGAGAGCGGCAUGGGUGGGCCGCUGGGGGGCGUGGGUGGACAGGCAGCCCCUGGGCAGGGACUGCUGUCAGCAGAGAGCAGAGCCCAGGAACGCUUCCGAGAGGAGGAGAUCCCAGGGGAAGCUCUGACAGAUCUCCCCGCAGCUACCCCUGAGGAACUGGCUCUGGGGGCCCGGAGGAAGAGGUUUCUCCCUAAGGUCAGAGCAGCAGGAGAUGGGGAGCCAACCAAGCCCGAAGAAAGGGAGAGCCCCUCGGGUUCCCCCCGGGGGCCCCGGAAGGGCCUUGCACCGGGGCUCCCGGGGAGUCCAGGGCGGGAGAAACGCUCCCCUACUCAGGGCAGAAAGGCAGACCUGCUGGAGGUGCCGCGGGCAGAGGAGGAGCCGGCAGCAGGGGCCCUGGGCUCCAGCCCCAGAGCCAGCAACCUGGAAGCAGAGAUGGCCCUGGAGGAAGGCAAGCAGGGCACUCCGGCCAAGCCAAGGAGAGCCAAAGACCUGCUAAAAGCCCCACAGGUGAUCCGGAAGAUUCGGGUGGAGCAGUUUCCUGAUGCCUCGGGCAGCCUGAAGCUCUGGUGCCAGUUUUUCAACAUUCUUAGUGACUCAGUCUUGACAUGGGCCAAGAAUCAGCGCCCAGUGGGCGAGGUGGGCAGGAGUGCAGGGGACGAGGGGCCAGCGGCCCUGGCCAUCGUGCAGGCGUCCCCCGUAGACUGUGGCAUGUAUCGAUGCACCAUCAGCAACGAGCACGGCUCGGCCUCCACUGACUUCUGCCUCAGCCCCGAGGUGCUGUCAGGAUUCAUCUCCAGAGAAGAAAGUCAAGUUGGAGAAGAGAUUGAGAUGACCCCCAUGGUGUUUGCUAAGGGUCUGGCUGACACUGGCUGCUGGGGGGACAAGCUCUUUGGGCGCCUGGUGAGCGAGGAGCUACAAGGUGGCGGACACGGGUGUGGCCUUCGGAAGGCCUCCCAGGCCAAGGUCAUCUACGGGCUGGAACCCAUCUUCGAGUCAGGCCUCACGUGCAUCAUCAAGGUGUCCAGCCUGCUUGUGUUUGGGCCCAGCAGUGAGACUUCUCUCCUGGGCAGAAACUAUGAUGUCACCAUCCAGGGGUGCAAGAUCCAGAACAUGAGUCGAGAGUACUGCAAAAUCUUUGCGGCUGAAGCCCGGGCUGCACCUGGCUUUGGGGACGUGCCUGAGAUCAUCCCACUGUAUCUGAUCUACCGGCCUGCAAACAAUAUCCCAUAUGCUACCCUGGAGGAGGACCUGGGCAAGCCCAUGGAGUCUUACUGUUCCCGGGAAUGGGGCUUUGCUGCGGCUCCAGCAGCAUCUAGCAGCUCUGAGGCCGUGCAGAAAUGCCAGACCUUCCAGCACUGGCUGUAUCUGUGGACAAAUGGCAGCUUCCUUGUCACAGAUUUGGCAGGGGUUAACUGGAAAAUGACUGAUGUGCAGAUUGCUACCAAACUGCGAGGAUACCAAGGCCUCAAGGAAAGCUGUUUCCCUGCCCUGCUGGACCAGUUUGCCUCUUCCCACCAGUGCAACACCUUCUGUGAGAUGCUGGGGCUAAAACCUCUCAAGGGCCCUGAGGCUGCCCACCCCCAAGCCAAGGCCAAAGGCUCCAAGAGUCCAUCUGCCGGCAGGAGGGGCCCCCAGCUGAGUCCUCAGCCCCAGAGGAAAGGCCCUCCCAGUCCCCAGAAGAGUGCCCCAAGCUCCAAGGCCACCCCUCAGGCCUCAGAGGCAGUCGCCACCCAGUUACUCGGACAGCCUCCCGUCCGAGAUGGAGGCUCCAAGGCCCAGGGCAUGCGGUAGCCCCCACAGGAGGCUGGGGGCCUCCACCCAGCAGCAGACCGACAAGGAAGCAGCUCGAACCGAUGGAGACGUUCCCAGUACGGGACUGACCGGAGCAGGUGCAGAGGCGGCACCCCUCGGGGCCUCUGCCCGCAGCCUCUCCUCAUCAGAUGCUUGGUGCCUGACACCCAGCCCGGUGGCCUCUCCUGGUGCCAUCGUCCCCGCGGCUCCCAGGCCCUACCUCCCGGGGCCUGCAGCCUAGCCCUCCUUGAAGUUUACACUGGCCACUGCUGGAGGCUCCCUGAGUCCUCUGCAUGAGUUCUGCAACCAACCCCUCGCCCCAGGCCCUGCCGUGAAUGUUGCACUCUGGGGGCACGCAGGCCAGCACCUACCCUUUUCCCUUCACUUGGCCCUGAUCCCUCCCUAUCCUCAGGGCUCCAGACUUCCUCUGCGGUGUCUGGCCUGGUGACUCUCAGGGUGUCUUUUCCUUCCAGUCAUUUUGCCUCAUUCAUCCCAGCUUAUCUUGCAACUAACCUGUCCCUGAGCCCAAAUGGUGCUCAGGGCCCUUCCAGAGACUGUCAUAUCCUUGUGCAGUGGUCUUUGGUGAUGUGUGUUCAUGCUCUUCCUUCCCCCAUCACUCAGGCACUCAAUCACCUGCCUACCAUGCUCCCUUGCACCCCAUCCCCCAUCCCUGGCUUUGAACCCAAUUGCAGCCUGCUGCCUGCCUUUCACUGAGUUCUGUUUGUUCCCCUACCCGAGGGCUUCCCUAGCCUGACCCCCACCCUACCCACCAUACCUAGGUGAAGAGCAGACCCUCUGGCCUCUCAGCCCACCCCAGGACACUCCUCCCCUACUUCUCCCAGGCCCUCUGCCCGUGAGGUGAGAGCUGGCAUGAGGGUUGCAUCAGCAGCUGUGGCCAGACGGAAGGUGUUGACUUUGUGGGACCUUGUGCUUCAUACUGAAACGAGGUGGGGUCACAGUGAAUUUCACAUCCCCUCUUGACCAGGGAUAGAGGGCUGGGACUCUUCUCCAGAGGGCAUGCACCUGGGAGCUGUAGGAAGAAUGCAGUCCACCCAUGUGCAGGGUGGAGGAGUGUCUCUGUGCCUGGGAAUUAGGACCCCCUGCCCCUAACCAUUAGCUCUUGAUCCUGGGACUCCAGCUCUGGGCCUCAAUAUAGGCUCCCAAGGAUUUGCUGUGCUCGGCCCAGCACCCUGGGCCCUUCCUGAGAACCCUUCCUUGAGGCCUGGGAUGGGGUGGGUCUCGAGCUAGCCUGCUCCCCUUGGAAUGCAAUAAAGGCAGCAACUGUGUAUCUUGCUCGCCCUUAUCUGGUGUGGUUGUAGGUAUAUGGGGUCAGGGUCCCGUCUCCCCAGGCGGUUCUCUGAAGGCGUCCUGCAGUCCCUGGA